CCCUAUGUUCUUCACAAAGAGAAAAUUAAGACCAAAAAAAAAAAGGCAUUAGCCAUCUGACACCUUCUCUGACUUGUACCAUUUUUCAUCCAAUACUAAACGCGCAUUAAUCAUCGUAUUUCGUGUUCCUGCCGAUCAUUUCCACCAUUUUUUUUUCAGAAACUUUCUUAGAAAAUCUCUGAGAAAAUCAUGUUUUAAAUAAACCAAAAAAACAGAGCAUUUUUUCACUAUUUUUGUGUUACUUGAGGUAAAAAAGACGCCAUUUUUGAAGAAAUGGCAGUGUCAAAAACCAACAAGAAGAAGCAGCAAUGUUACAUAGCAGUACCAUCUCAAAUAAUAAAUUCAAUUUCUUCUUCAGGGCUUCAGUCUCUGUUACUGUCUCCAAAGAAAAAAAACCCAUCUUUUUCUGUAAAGUUCAAACUUUUACUUAAUAAUCCAAGAUUCUGGGUUUUGUUUCUUUUUGUUUUUGGGUUUGUUGGUAUGUUGAAGUUGUGGUUCAAUUUUGAAACUUUAGUUCCUUUUGCACCAAACCCAUGUGGGAUUUUUCAAGAAAAGACUUCAUUUUUAAAUGACCAUGAAGUUUCUCAGCUCAGUAUUGGAGCUCUGAAUCUUGGAAAUGAAGAAAAAGAAGAAGGGGAUGAAAAGAGUGAAUUUUGGAAACAACCUGAUGGGUUGGGUUAUAAGCCUUGUUUGGAUUUCAGUUCAGAGUAUAGAAAAACAAGUUUGGAUAUUGUUAAAGGAAGGACUAGGUACUUGAUGGUUGUGGUUUCUGGUGGAAUGAAUCAGCAGAGAAAUCAGAUUGUUGAUGCUGUGGUGAUUGCAAGGAUUCUUGGUGCUGCUCUUGUUGUUCCUAUUUUGCAAGUUAAUGUCAUCUGGGGUGAUGAAAGUGAGUUCUCUGAUAUAUUUGACUUGGAUCACUUUAAGGAAGUAUUAGCAAAUGAUGUAAGAAUAGUUUCAUCACUUCCAUCAACGCACGUAAUGACUAGACCUGUGGAGGAGAAAAGGACUCCUCUCCAUGCCUCCCCCGAAUGGAUUCGUUCACAUUAUACCAGAAAGCUUAGGAGGGAUGGUGUUCUACUUUUGCGAAGCCUUGACUCGAGGCUGUCUAAGGAUCUUCCUUCUGAUCUUCAAAAACUUCGUUGCAAGGUGGCAUUUCAUGCUUUGCGGUUUUCGCCAUCAAUCUUAGGACUUGGUAACAAACUUACUGAGAGGAUGAGGAGCAAGGGACCAUAUGUUGCUCUUCAUUUGAGAAUGGAGAAGGAUGUGUGGGUGAGAACAGGAUGUCUUCCUGGUUUAAGCCAUGAGAUUGAUGAGAUGAUAAAUAAUGAGAGGAAGCGAAGGCCCGAGCUCUUAACUUCGCGUUCAAACAUGACCUACCAUGACAGAAAGCUUGCUGGUCUCUGCCCUUUGAAUGCUUUGGAGGUUACAAGGUUGCUCAAAGCAUUGGGAGCACCAAAGAGUGCAAGAAUCUAUUGGGCUGGAGGAAUUCCUUUGGGUGGAAAAGAAGCAUUGCAACCAUUGACAAGUGAAUUCCCUCACUUCUUUAACAAAGAGGAUCUUGCGUUGCCUGGGGAACUUGAGCCAUUUGCCAAGAAAGCAUCCCUUAUGGCUGCUCUUGACUACAUAGUAACCGAGAAUAGCAAUGUUUUCAUGCCAUCUCAUGGUGGAAACAUGGGACAUGCUCUCCAGGGACAAAGGGCCUAUGCAGGGCACAGAAAGACUAUCACUCCCAACAAAAGACAGAUGCUUCAACAUUUUCUGAACUCAUCACUUUCUGAGACAGAAUUCAACAGAAUUAUACUAGACUUGCAUAGAGAUUCCUUAGGUCAGCCAGAAUUGAGGAAAGCAGGAAGGGAUGUGACAAAGUACCCUGUCCCAGAGUGCAUGUGCAAUGGUACUAUGAACCAUUCAUCGACAUAACUCCUUAUCAGUGAAAUAACAUGUGAUGAAGCACCCCUGCAGCUAAUCAUACAUUCUUACAACAUCCUGAGAACUUUGGAUUAGCCUCACUGUGAUUCAGACGAGCAGACGAGGUUGCUUGAGGUGCAAUACAAUUUUUUUCGACUAUGUUUAGAGGCGAAUCCUUGGUGGUUAUAACUUAUGGUAACAUGAGACUGAUGCAGCAGAACUGGGAAGAUGAAUCUCUAAUACAAAAGCAACAUCUUAUACAAGUCCAAUUCCUAGUUCUUAGUACUAUAUGUUAAUAAUGUUUAAAUGAACCACAGCUUCAUUUUAUUCAAUUCAUUCUUUAGAAAAUUUCAAUGUAAUCUACCAUAGUCAAUGUAUAUGCAAUAUAUAUGUAUUAAUGUAUAUAAUCAUACAAAUUUUUGAGGUAUAU